GCCCCGCCCACGGCCCGGGCCCCGCCUGCAGAGGGCACCCGGAGUCCAGCACGCGGGCGGCGGAUUCUCGCGAACAUGGCAGCGCCGAGGGUUGUGUGUGGGCCGGUGCUGCUGCCUCUAGUCCUGCUGGCCGCCACGAGUGCAGAUGUUGGUUUUCGCUUUGCCUCCUACAUCAAUAACUACAUGGUGCUGCAGAAGGAGCCCGCAGGGGCAGUGAUUUGGGGCUAUGGCACAUCGGAAGCCACAGUGACGGUGACUCUGUACCGAGAUCAGGAAACCAUCAUGGAGAAAGUGACAAGUGUGAAAGCACACUCUAAUAGCUGGAUGGUGGUACUGGAUCCUAUGAAGCCUGGUGGACCUUAUGAGGUGAUGGCACAGCAGACAUUUGGGAAAACGAACUUCACCCUGAGAGUUCAUGAUGUCUUAUUUGGAGAUGUCUGGCUUUGCAGUGGGCAGAGUAACAUGCAGAUGACGGUUUCACAGAUAUUCAAUGCCACCAGGGAGCUGGCUAACACCGCAGCCUAUCAGUCUGUCCGUAUAUUCUCCGUGUCACUCAUUCAGGCAGAGCAGGAGCUGGAGGAUCUUGCUAAGGUUGACUUGCAGUGGGCUAAGCCCACCACAGAGAACUUAGGCCAUGGAAUUUUCCAGUACAUGUCAGCAGUGUGCUGGCUCUUUGGGCGUAACUUGUAUGACACUCUGCAGUACCCCAUUGGGCUGAUCUCCUCCUCGUGGGGUGGGACACCCAUUGAAGCCUGGUCAUCUGAAAGGUCGCUGAAAGCCUGUGGCGUUCCUACACAAGGGUUCACUCAAUCUAAUUCUGUGACUGGUCCCAGUAACCACUCUGUUCUCUGGAAUGCCAUGAUCCACCCACUGCAUAAUAUGACUCUGAAAGGGGUGAUAUGGUACCAGGGGGAGUCCAAUAUGAAUUUUAACAGGGAUCUGUACAACUGCACAUUCCCUGCACUCAUUGAAGACUGGCGCCAAACCUUUCACCAUGGCUCCCAGGGGCAGACCGAGCGCUUCUUCCCAUUUGGAUUUGUCCAGUUAUCUUCCUAUUUGUCUGCACCCUCGGAUGAUACAUUUCCCCAGAUCCGUUGGCAUCAAACAGCAGACUUUGGCUAUGUCCCCAACCUGAGGAUGCCCAACACUUUCAUGGCGGUAGCAAUGGAUCUCUGCGAUAGGAAGUCACCUUUUGGCAGCAUCCACCCUCGAGACAAGCAGACUGUGGCCUACCGGCUGCACUUGGGGGCCCGUGCAGUGGCUUAUGGGGAGAAGGUGAUCUUUCAAGGACCACUGCCUGAGAAGAUGGAACUCUUGGCCGACAAGGGGCUGCUCAACCUCAUGUAUUCGCAGGAGAUCCAGGUGCAGAGGCAGGACAAGAUAUUUGAGAUCUCAUGUUGCAGCGAUCAUCAGUGCAAGUGGCUCCCAGGCUCCAUGGAUGCUUUCUCGGCUCAGACUCUGACUCUGAGUACCGGUUCUUGUCAUGGCACUCUGGCUGCUGUUCGCUAUGCCUGGGCCACAUGGCCUUGUGAAUAUAAGCAGUGCCCCAUCUACCAUCCCAGCAGCACCCUGCCAGCACCUCCCUUCAUUGCUUUCAUGACCAACUAGUCCUGGAGAGCACAGCAAGCUUGCUAAUUGACUUAGUGGCAUAUGAUCAUAUAUAUGUAUUUUUUAAAUUUAUUUUUUAUUGGUGUUCAAUUUACCAACAUACAGAAUAACCCCCAGUGCCCGUCACCCAUUCACUCCCACCCCCCCCCCCGCCCUCCUCCCCUUCUACCAUCCCUAGUUCGUUUCCCAGAAUUAGGAAUCUUUAUGUUCUGUCUCCCUUUCUGAUAUUUCCCACACAUUUCUUCUCCCUUCCCUUAUAUUCCCUUCCACUAUUAUUUAUAUUCUCCAAAUGAAUAAGAACAUAUAAUGUUUGUCCUUCUCCGACUGACUGACUUCACUCAGCUGAUCAUAUAUUGAACUUAAGUGUGGGUCCUUUAGAUUUGGAUUUUUGGUGUUGAAGUGAUGACUGUUGCUUUUAAAGGCAACUAGAGAAAAGCACUGGGCAGCUCCCUGCUAGCAAAUGGCUGUUUCUGUAUUCUGAUUAUGAGAUGAGCCAGUACUGGCAGGCAAACGAGAUGCUUGCCUUUUGUCCCCUAAUCAGCCUAGUGUCUUACUGGACUAAUUCCCAGCUACAAACAAAUGGAACCUGUGUCAUUCACUUCCCUGUGGGGAGUGUGACCUGUCACACAGUUGCCCCCUUAUGUCCAGAAUUGUGGAAACUCAUGGUUGGAAGGAACUUCAAGGCCACGUGGGCCAGCUCAUACUAAUGUGUUCUUUACGAAACCUGGCAAGUGGUUACUGAAUCUCUGUAUGAAGUUUCUAAACUUCCUAAGUUUUUCCUUAUGUGGAACUGAAAUCUUUCUAGCCUUACUUGUGUUCUCUCUCCAGCCAAAAACAGUUCUUGAGUGUUUGAAACCAGCCAGCACUGCACACAGGCAUUUGGUGAGGUGCAUAGGGGCUGCCUAAAGGGGUCAGGAGAAAGAGGGACGUACUGGCUCUGGACAACGUGAAAACAGAGGUCAUGGAGGGGCAAGUAGGCUCAGUAGAAAUCUGAGGUAAGAGGUUUACCUAUAAAAAGGAUAACCCAGGGCAACCCUGGUGGCUUAGCGGUUUAGUGCCACUUGCAGCCUGGGGUGUGAUCCUGGAUACCUGGGAUCGAGUCCCACGUCGGGCUCCCUGCAUGGAGCCUGCUUCUCCCUCUGCCUGUGUCUCUGCGCCCCCCUCUCUUUCUGUGUCUCUAUGAAUAAAUAAAUAAAAUCUUAAAAAAAAGAAAGGAUAACCCAGAUAGAAGAAAAAAGAGGCUGAAAAUAAAGCUACACGAUAAGCAUUUAGAAAAAUAAUCCAGAUGGGACAAAUGUGAAAGUGGGCUCUGUGUGUGUACUGUUACUCAUACUGCUGUUUAUUGGUUGAUUAAAAACGCUAACUGCACCUGA